AUGCCUCCAAGAAAACUGGCGGCACUGAGGCCCAAUGGGUCAGAAAGAAAUACCGAAUUACCAGGAAUCAAACAUAAUGCACCCAAGUCUCGUAAUUUCUUCCCUCUGGACUCAGACGAUUCGGGGGAUGAGGAAACUCCACCUAGGAAAAAACAGGCGCAGAAGAAUACAAGGGCUAUACUAGGAGGCGCCAACGGCUUGAAAGCAAUGUUUUCAAAUUCUCAGGAAGCAGCACCAAGAGAACAGACAGAGUCUAGUGUUGACUCUACUCCAAUAAAGAAAAUCCCAGCGAAAAGAGGGCGUAAGCCAAAGCUGGCGAUACUUACAAGUCCAGAAGCCCCUCUCACUGAAGCCAGUACGCCGAAAUCAAUGUUGAAGCGUGCCACGAGUCUGAUCAAGCUGCCAGACACAUGGAGUAAUAUCCCUAUACGAUAUGAUGACGUUGAAGCUGUAAAACUGCCGAAGCGGAGGGGGCGCCCACGGAAAAAUAAAGAGCCGGGAAAUCUACCGAAGAGGCGAAAAAGGAAACAAGAUAAUACGCAAGAAGUACCCAAUGACAGCGAAUACGUCGAGCAAAAGCCCGAGCAUACACUCCAGCCUACCGAUGGAGAAAAUGCAUCUCGAAGAAGCUCUUAUAGCAUUAGGGGCAAGCGAGUGCUGGCCAUUGGCAACGGCUUCGUGGGUAAACCACACGACGAGAUGUCAGAGAGAGAGUAUUUCAAAGUGGUGGAUUCCUCCUUACCAGCACCGUCACGAUUGCGCCAGAUUCUUGUGUGGUGCUUCCGAAAGAAGCUUCAGCAAGAUCGAGAAGGUGACGGGGCCGAAACAAACACGGCGAAGGGAAUUGCCAAAGUGAUCAAGAAUGAGAUUUUGGAAGAUUUGAUCGCCCAGGAGAUUGACACCAGCUGGUACCUGGCCAAGAAAUUGGAAUCAGGAGAGCUACAAGGUAAGCGCAUAAUCAAGAGUAAUCCGCUUAAUGAUGCCAAUCGUGAGAGCAUCGAGGUUUUCCAGCAGAAAUUACGAGAACUACGGCAGGAAAAAAUGCUAUGGCAAACUGCAUUUGAUGCGAGUAUCAAGCCACUCGAAGGCUUGGGUGUUCACAGCAUCAAUCUCAAGGACGCAGCUGGAGGCAAGGACAGCCGAGAGUUUCAAGAGUAUGUGAGGCUGAAGGACCCGAAAUUCGGGGAUGUAUUGCAAGAAAAGCACCUCGAUGCACUUGCGCACCAGGUUGCAGAAGUACAGGCAAGCGUACCAAAGAAGCUUGAGGCAAACAUGGCGCAAAUGUAUCACACUGUAUACCAGCUAGGCAAGAGUGUUGAGCUUGCGGGCAGAAUCGAGCAGGAGCAGCUAGCACCCCAAGUGACGCAUGCGGUGAAGGAGUUUAUGGAGCGGGGCCGCAACAGCGACAAGGUCGUGCCGCUCGGGGCUCGGGAGCUACUCCGAGGAAUCUCCAGAGUGGACUUGGAGAACAAGUGA